AUGUCUGAUCUUAGACGAAUUGCAUUGUCAAAUACAAACAUAAAGGGCAUGGAAGCUUCUCAAGCGCCACCACAACUGGGAAACUCAAGCCCAAGACCAGAUCAAAUGGGAAAGACAGACUCCGAGAUUAAUUUAACUCGCCCUGAAUUGUAUGGCAUGUACGAAGGCGACUCAUUUGUUGAUUACAAUAAAGACAUUGAUGACUCGUCGUUGCUUGAUUUUACAGUUUUAGACUCUGAUAAAGUUAAAGCAAAAGGGACAAAACCCCCAGUGCAAACUGAAGACACUAAUAAAUUGACAUUGUAUUCACUCCCUUUACCAUUAAAGUUGGUUAUUUUAGCCAGUUCUGCAUAUAUAUACAAUCAGGUUAUCAGGCAUAUAAACUACAAUCACUUUAGUGAAAAUCAAUUGGUAAACUACCCAUUAACAAUAACACACAUAUUCCUUUACGCGUUUGUUUCAAAAUUCAAAGUGGGAAACUACAUUGAGAUAAACGAUGACCUUAUAAAGGUUGGUGAUGAGGUAUUGGCGUUGACUUUACAAGGACUAUUGAUGGCCUCGUUGCAUCCGAUUCUCGACAGAAUCUUGCCCAAAAUUUUCUCCAGAAGAUUAUUGUCAUCAAAUCCCAAUCCUUCGUCCAAAUCCAAUGUUUCCAGUGAUUUGAUCAGAUCAGGUAUCACAUUUUUGGGUAUCAGCUAUGCUAUACGUAAGAUUGAAUGGAGCAGCUUCCUUCAAGUGUCCAUCAUAUGGUCUUUAAUCAAUCCAGGUUUGUGGUUAUUGUUGGAUGGAACCAUCUCAGGAUUCUUAGCAUCGUUGCUCGUAUCUUCUGUCGCAUGUGUCAGCAUAUACUCACAAAAUCACAAGUUUGUCAAUGGGUAUUCCAAAACAUCAGAUGAUGUGAUUGCAUUGUGGUUGUGGAUAGGAAGUUUCUUUUUUUGUGGGAUAAUCAUUUUCGGUAAACUUGGCAGAGGUUUAUUUGGUAACAAUUAA